AUAUUGGAAAUUAAAGAGCAUUCUAGUUAAUGGAGUUUAUCCAUUUAGAAAGUGUGGGGAAUCAGAAAAAAAAAACUGGCUUCCAGUCAGCAAGAGGUGGAAGGACAAACUGGAGAAACUUGUUGGUUCAGAUGACAGUAAAAUAUCCAGAAUCAGAAGCAUUAUUUAUGUGAAUGAUGCAGAAUUCAGAAUAGCGAAGGGAAGCGAUGGCACUGAAGUCUUCUUGGGGCUGAGAGAGGACGGCACAGAAGUUGCCAUCAAGAGAAUGUCUAAAAGCAACUAUGAAGAGCUGAAGAACGAAGAAGGAAUCCUACGACUCCCUGAACUCGAUCAUCCUUAUAUCGUACGAUAUGUUGAUUUUCAGGAGGACGAGAACUUUGGAUAUCUUUGUCUGCAACUUUGUGAAUACACAUUGGAAGAAUAUAUCAGGAACAAUGACCAUGACCCAGUGAUGUUAAAGAAACUUAUCAAACAAAUUCUUAAAAGUCUAAAGGUGCCUCACUGUGGAAAUCCUAAAAUUCUUCAUCGAGAUCUCAAACCCCAGAACGUUUUGAUUGAUGUUACUUGUAGAGCAAGAUUAGCUGAUUUUGGCAUAAGCAGACGCUUACUCAAAGACCAAACAACUUUACGUACACGCAGUGCAGGAACCAGAUGCUGGAUGGCCCGAGAGACUUUAGCAGAAGAAUCUGUGAUAUCAUACAAGUCAAGCACUGACAUCCAGGUGGCAGGCAUGCUGAUCUAUUAUAUCCUCUCUGGAGGCCACCAUCCAUUUGGUGACAUAUCCUUUAAAUGUGAGUCCAACAUUUAUGAUGGGAAGUACAGUUUGGAUCAUGUUCAAGAUGAGGUGGCAAAGGAUCUCAUCGAGUGGAUGAUCAACAAAGAGCCAAAGGACAGACCCAAAGUAGAAGAAUGCUUAAACCAUCCCUUCUUCUGGACUUCUGAAAAGAAAACUGAAUACUUGAGAAAGAUCGGUAACAGGAAAGAGGUUGCAAACUAUCGAAAGGCUGGCCAGGAGCUGAUUGAUUCCCUAGAAAAAUGUGCUGUGGACGAAUCCUUUAAGCAGUGGAAAAAUAAGUUUCCAGAAGUGAUGGUUCAGAAUUUGGAAAUUAAAAAGCCCUACACUGAAAACACGCUGGGAUUACUGCGCUUCAUACGCAAUCUCCAUGAGCAUUAUGCCAAGGAAGCAGCCCAAAAUGAUGUUCUGGCAUUGUUUCCUGAUCUCUUUGGGUGUGUUUACACAUUUGCAAAGAACCAAGGCUGGAAUUCAGAGACACCGUUGAGGGAAAUGUUUCAAAGAAAAGCUGAACUUCUCACCUUGGUAAGAUAGGUAGCAAAUAGAAUUCUAGUUUUUACUCUUAAUACACUUUAUUCAUACAAAUUUGUUUCUACACUAAUACAACAUUAUAUUUUUAUUCAGUUAGCCUUCAGGUUUAAUGUUACAUUAUGUGAGGGGGGAAAAAUUAAGCAAGAGAUACUGAGACAUUUUGUUGACUUCUUCAACAAAUACAAAGGUAAAAAAAAAUCUGUUUUUUUCACUAUUAUAGUUUUAAAGACUUCCAUUUCUGAUCGUGGCCUUUCACAGAUUGUAAACAGAAUAAAUAUGUUGGACAUGCAUUUUGUUUUGUGAAAAUCACCUCGGGCCUAUGACAGAUUCAAACUGUACAAACAUGUAUGUUGCAUAGAAUUUGAGCAAAUUUUUGUAUUUAAUAUUAAGAGCUACAAAAGGACUUAGCAAAUAUUAGGAUUUUGAGAUUCAAACUAUGCAGUUUUUUUCAAGUGAACGGUAUUGUAAAUUUGCAAAAACAUACACAUAUUUAAAAAACAUGAUUUCCUAUGUUGUUUCUCAUUAUGUUUAAACUGUAGAUUAAUUCUUUCUGUGUAAAGAAAUC